AUGCCUGAGCUAGCCGAAGUCUCCCGUAUCGUUCACUUCAUCCGCCAGCAUCUUGUCGGAAGGACACUCACCAAAGUAUCAACCCAAAACGAUGACAUCGUUUACGGUAAAGUAGGCACCACUGCAUCUGAAUUUCAGAAUGCUAUGGAGGGAAAGAAAUUAGUGGGUGCGGGACAGCAAGGCAAAUACUUUUGGAUCGUUAUGUCUUCGCCACCCCAUGCUGUCAUGCAUUUUGGUAUGGCAGGCUGGCUCAAAAUCCGAGAUGCGGACACAUAUUACUACAGAACAGAUAAGCCGGAAGACAAGGAGUGGCCUCCAAAAUAUUGGAAGUUUCUGCUGGAAACGGACGGUGAUCCCAAGGCUCAAGCAGCAUUUGUUGAUUUCCGCAGGCUUGGUAGGAUAAGACUCGUGGAUUGUCCUGCGGAGGAGAUUCGUGCACACAGCCCUCUCAAAGAGAACGGACCAGACCCAGUAACCGAUAAAGACACUGUGACGGAAAGCUGGCUAGCGAGCAAACUGAAGAGCAAGAAGGUACCCAUCAAGGCUCUUCUUCUAGAUCAAGCCAACAUAAGCGGAAUUGGCAAUUGGAUGGGAGACGAGAUACUGUAUCACGCAAAGAUACACCCGGAACAAUACAGCAACACUCUACAAGACGAUCAGAUAAAACAACUGCACUCUGCAAUGCAUUAUGUCUGUUCAACUUCAGUGGACCUUCUAGCCGACUCAGAACGCUUUCCAGAAGACUGGCUGUUUAAGCAUCGGUGGGAAAAGGGAAAGAAGAAUGUCCCAUCGGUUCUGCCUAACGGACAAAAAAUCACCUUCAUUACCGUUGGUGGUAGAACAAGCGCCGUCGUCCCCAGUGUACAAAAGAAAACCGGGCCUGUGACUAAAGAUGCAAAUGGCCAGGAUGCCAAUGACACGCAAAAAAGUUCUAAGAGAAAGCGAUCUGUGGUACCUAAAGACGAAAGUGAUGCGGAGGAGGGUAUAGACGGACCCAAAUCCAAGAAAAGAGGGUACAAGCGACAAACAAAGAAGCCUAUCAAAUCUGAGGAGACUGAGGACGUGAAGGCCACAAACAUAAGCAGGAGGCGUUCAACACGUCUUAAAAAGUAA